AGCCAUGCCGCUCGUCCUCGUCCUCGCCUUCACCUGUGCGCUGCUCCUCUGGUCUCCGGUCCCCGGCGAGCUGUCCCCACAGCACCCAGCCGAGCAGACUGGCCCCUCCGAGCCCGGGGAGCGCGCCGCCAGAAACGGCCGAAUCGUGUACGCCGGCGUGCCUGACUCGGCCGGCGCUCCAGCCGGCAGGCGCUCGGACAGCUGGUACAGAGUGGACGAGGCGGGGCUCCGGGGGGUCCACCUGCUGUACGACGGAGAUUUCCUGAUGCCUGCUGACGACGCAGACACACCGGGCGAGCCGCGGCGCUUCUCCGUGCCGGAGCAGUGGCUGACCGUGCCCGAUAUGGAGCAACCCCCGCCUGACGUCUGACCGCGGCGCACAGUGAUACAUAAUCAACAUAUGUGAAGAGGUAGCAUGACACAGAGCCAAUGUAUCCAAGGUGACAACAUGACAACUGUAAAAAGAAGAACAAAAGGGUUUAGAGAUAUAUGAAACAUAAAGAACAUAAAAAGCUGUACUAACAUUUUCCUUGAUCCAAUAAAAAAAAUUGUUAAAUAUUACAAAA